UUGCGCUGUUCCUGGCGUCCGUGUUGCCCGCCGUCGAGCAUGACAUCGCCUCCUUGCUGCGUGUUAAGCACACGCUUUCACCUAUGGACAUCAAGCAGCUCUCCCGUGCACUCGUGUCUCCCCUCCUGGUCCCGGCGCCUGUAAUGCUCAGCCCACGGCACAUAGACAGCGCAGAAGAGGCAGUGCUCGAGGUUGUGGCAGCGGCAUUGCAUUGGCACAAACUGGAAUCAGGGCAGCACUUUGUUCUGCACUCUGUUUGUGGUGUGAAUCUGCUACGUAAAGAGGGAUUAGACAACUGUUUUCACAUCAAUUUCUUGGCCUGUCGUAAGAUCUCUGGUUCUGGUUCUGUCGUGUCAGGCGCCCCAAUGCUAUUCUUCGCUGAAGCAGUUGCUCCAGCUUCACCCUGUGAUGAAAGCAAUAUCCACUUGUGUGUUCUGGUUGAUCCAUCAACCGAGAUUGGUAGUUGCCGUGCUUGUGGGAUGAACAACAAAAUGAUUGUGCACCCGACUUGUCAUGAAUAUCUUGGUGGCCGGGACUUUCAACUGGAUGAAGUCGAGUGUUUAUCUGGUGCUGAAAGUGACAGUGAGGCAGGUUGGCGCUCUAUGGCAGAGGAGGUAGUUUCCCCUGCCAUGGCCUCUAUUUCCUCCUGGGAGGAGGAGGCGUCUGCAGCGCUCCGGAAGAGACCGGAUUCUCGCACACUGCGGAGGAGGAGGAUCCUUGGCCUGAUCCGCUGCUACUACCUCGACGCCAUCUCCCGUCUGCCCACCGAAGAUCUCUGGACCACCCUCUCACGUGGCCUCCUCAUCGCCGGUCACUGCUACGGCCCUCUACACCCUGUCCACAACAUCAUCGUCAAUUCCGUCUGGUACUCUGCUGCUUUUCCCAUUCGCUCCAGUGACCGGAUAGAUUUUUCGAAAAGGGGCGCUUUAUUACUUAAAAGGUUUAAGUAACACCCGGCCUCGUGACCGGAUAGAUACCGCCUUCAUCAGUAACUGUACCAUGCGCCGCCUUGUUCAGUGCUCACUUGAUGGAUUGGUUGCCUCACUUCGCCAUCUCUGUCCUGGCCUCUCCGAUGAUGAUGCCCUUUGGCACCUCAGUCUCUCCCGCGCCGACCUCCGUGCCGCUGUUGCCUCCGCGCGCGGUGCUGCCCUGUCGUCGUUCCGUCUGACGGCAUUGGAGCUGGAAGCCGCCUUUCAAGCGGCUGACAAGGCAGCACGGCAUCUGAAACCUGCGGCCCUUGCGCUCUUCGCUUCUUCCGUUGUGCUUUCUGUGGAACGUGACGCUGUCUCACUGCUCAACAACAAGCGUACGCUUUCCUCGGCUGACAUUCUGCACCUCUCCACCAUGUUGCUGCCUUCCCCACUACCAGAUGAGCUGCCACACCCUCCUCUUGAAGAGCGGUUCACGGCGGCCUUUAAACUCAUCACUAGAAGGAGGAACCUUCUCAUAAGAUGGUACAAUCGAUGGGUGGAAUUAGCGGAUGCAGCGUUGUGCAAGUAUGCCCAGCAAACUGCGGCACAUUAUCAGCUUCAUGUCAUCUAUGGCAUUGGUUCCGUGCACUAUGAGUUCAAUAUGGAUCAGUCUUUCCAUAUUAGUUUUAUGGCGUGGCCAAAGGAUCCUAACUGUGCUAGAGAAGCUCCUGUGUUUUUCUUUGCUGAAGCACUUCCGUCUGGCUCCGACUUUUGUGAAGAGGACAUCACCUUGUGCUGUACAGUACAGCCAUCACCAAGUGAAGUUGAUAGGUGCCAUGAAUGUCUUACCGGGAACUUUCAAAUUGACCACCCGGAUGAAUCUGAGAACUUUUCUGGUGGGCAGUACUACACUUUGGAUGCCGAUGGAACAGUCAAAGACCUGGAUUGCCCCAUCAAAAGUGAUGCUGACUUCAGGUGUUUCGAUCCUGUCAGAGACAUUGGUUUCGUGGAGUACCUGGAUCAAGAGUUAACCAGUUACAUAUCCUCUCAGCCCUCCAGCCGCAUUCGUCGUUUUUACAGAGAAAACAUCGAUGAAGCUAUCUUGGACUACUGCAGCGGAAUUAUGUGAUCUGUUAUGUGAGUCGUGCUGUUCUUGGCCUGCACCGUCGUCAUGUAUAUACAUGUUGUCAAACUGAGAGACGCUGACAAUGCGUUGCUUGCCGGUUGUGCCAUUUUUUGCUUGAAACGUGAAUGGUGUUGCUACUAAUAGAUGUAGAGGACAAUCAGGUGUAGCACUUUAGGUAGCACCCAGUUCUGCUUUUUUGUCAUGUUCAAGCUCGCCCAGGCACUUGAGCAAACGUGGUGCCAUAGCAAAUUCCUCCCGUGGUGACCCUUUCUGCCUCCUAACCUAAGGUUUAGUACUUGUUCGUUGGUUGGAAAGGAUGACAGCUUGU